AGAACGGAUUUACGUUACCGCGCUGCUGUCCAAUCAGAUGUCGGCGAGGCUGGCGCUGCUCGCGACGCGCCUUUCAGUCCUCGGCUUCAGUCAGGUUUGAUUCACUCUUCCUCCUCGCGGCAGACCGUGCUCUACCUCAUCCCACCGCUUCUCUGCGAAACGUCUCUAUAAAGCGCCAUGGCUGAUACCGCUGUCGAUACGACCACCACCCCAGAGAUCACCGCGAAGGACUUGAAAGAGAAGAAGGAGGUGGUUGAGGAGGCAGCGGAGGCUGCAAAGGAAAACGGCAGCGAAGACGCACCUGCCAAUGGAAAUGGAACAACUAAUGGUGCUUCACACAAGGAAGAGGAAGCCCGUGAGGACGAAGAGGGUGGGGAUGAUGAGGAGGCAGGAGAAGCGGAGGAGGAGGAGGAGGAGAACGGCGCUGAAGAGGCAGAUGGGCAACCUGUGAAACGUCCAGCUGAGGAGGAGGAGGCAGUCGAAACAAAGAAACAGAAGACGGAAGAGAACGGCGACUCCACAGAGGCUGAAGUCCAAGCCUAAAGCUCUCGCCACCCUUCAGUAGCUCUGUCUGUAUGGUCAGUUGGACCUAGUAGAGUUUGUGCUUUCCUGUAUAUUUCACAGUCCUUCUUUUCGCCGCUACAAGAUCUUUUUAUUGCUUUAUUGAGGCCCAUAACAUCAUGACCCUGUCCCCUUUUGUAAGACCUUAUUUAUUGGUGUAGGACCAACAUUAGGACCCUGUAUUAAAAGAAACAAUGUUUACUUUAGCAAACGUUUAACAAGCACACAUUCUACUCUGUUAUUUGACCAGCGGACGUACACACAAGCAACUGAAAGCCUAAGGUUCUGUCAUUUUCAUGGGUGACAUUUUUCUGAUCCACUGAAGACCAAAGAUGAGUUUUAAGCAGGGGCUAAUAGACAAUGUUUAACCUGGUUGUGCUGCUAGAAGUUAAUCC